UGGCGCUGCCGUGAUGCGCGCCGGGGCCGCACCGGGGGCGGCGGGAGCCCCAUGCGGGGGCCGCGGCCAUGGGGCAGGUCCUGGGCUUCGCCCACUGCAAAGAGGCUCCGUCCACGGCCUCCACCACGCCGGACUCCACCGAGGGCGGCAGCGAGGACUCGGAGUUCCCCGCGCUGCCCCCGCCAGCCCCCCGAGGAGGAGGAGGAGGAGGAUGAAGCCGAGGACAGAGCGACCCCCGAAGCCCCCCGGGACCCCCCCCACGAACUCACCUUCUCCUACAUCGCCUUCCGGGGGGGGCGGCGGAGCCCCCCAGGCCGAGCCGGGACCCCCCCGGCACCGCCGGGACCCCCGGAGGGGCCGCGCCCCCCGCCUGAGCUCCCCCCGGGGGCCGGACCCCCGAGCGACCCCCAGGGCCCCCCAAAAAGCGCCCGGGGAGACCCCGGCCCCUCCCCCACACCCCCCCGAGGGGAUCCUGGUGGGGGUCGGGGGGGGCGAGGAGGAGGAGGAGACCCCCCCCAGGAGGCUGGCAGCCCCCGCGCCCCUCCCCGCUCCCCCGGUGAGCGGCCAAUGGGAGCGCGGGGGCGGGGCCGGGUCCGAUUUCGGGGAGGGUCCCGCGGCCCCCGCCCCCAUUGGCCGCUAAAAAUAGGGGGUGACCCCCCCCCAAAAACCGGCGGGGCCCGCGGAGCCAUGGAGGGGCCGGUGACCCCCCUGUCCCUCCCAGUUUGGGAGCUGCUGUACUGGCGCGCCCCGGCGCGCUCGGCGCUGGCCUUACUGGUGUCACUGGUGUUACUGGGGAGCGUGGCGCGCUUCAGCGCGGUCUCGGUGGCGGCGCACGCGGCGCUGGCGGUGCUGGCGGUCACUGUCCCCCUGCGGCUGCGACACCUGGCCCUGGGGGCGCUGCGACCCCCGCCCGCCGAGCCCCGGCCGCGCGCUGUCCCCGCGGGGCUCAGCCCGGAGCAGCAGCAGCGCUGGGCGCGGCUCCUGUCGCGACACGCGGUGACAGCCGCGCGCACCCUGACCCGGCUCUUCCUCGUGCACAGCGUCCCCGAGUCCCUCAAGUUCGCCUUCCUGUUCUACCUGCUGACCUACGUGGGGGCGGCGUGCAACGGGGUCACCCUGCUGGCCGCGGGUGUCGUCAGCGCCUUCACCUUCCCCGUGCUCUACCGGCGCCACCAGGCCCAGAUCGAUCAAUACCUGAGCCAGGUGCGGAGCCACCUGAGCCACCUGCGAGCCAGGGUCCUGGCCAAGCUCCCAAGUGCCAAAGUGAAGCCGCAGUGACACCGCUGUCCCCAGCUGUCCCCUCCCCCCCGCUCGGGUGACAGCGCGGGGGGGGGGAGGGGGAGGGGGGCGUGGCCUGGGGACAUUUGUGUCCCCUCCCGUCCCCUCCCCGAUGUCCCCUCCCCCACACUUUAAUAAAAACUCUUGUGACA